AUGGCCGCGUGGCAUGGUGCGUGCGGAAUGGGGCCACUCCUGCAGGAGGCCACCUCUGUGCCCCAGCAAAGAACUUUUGCACGGCUUUCUUCAACGAUGCCCUUCAUGAUCCUAACCGGCUCCAUCGAAUUGGGCGAGCCCGCAGCGCUUCCCACGGACCAGUUUCGGCUCAUGUUCGGGGACCGCUCCUGCAGCUGGCCAUGCCCCGGGCGCCAUGCGCGCUUCAUCGAGCUGCCUGGCAACAACACGGAUUUCGCGGACAACAUCAAUGAAGUCGGAGACGGUAUGGAUGUCAGAGAAGCGACCAUCUCGGUGAGGGGGAAGGAUCUCAUGCUUCCGCCGCUCAUGCCACUUGCUCAAGGUACUCAGGAGAGGCAGCUCCGCAUCCUUCCGGGUGCUGAGGAGGAGAGAGUAGAUCCGCUGGACCCGAGCAACGAAGCGAUCUACCAUUCGUUUGAGCCAACGUUCCCAGCAAGCGACAAGGUACCAAGCAGCAAAGCAACUGUCCAAAAGCGACUUGCCAUGAUGUCAGUGGAUGGCAGCCACUCACUUGCUGCACUCGCAGCUGACCCAUCGGCUCGAGUCAGCCUGUGCUGCCUAGUCAUCGUGAUCCUGUGUGGUGAUUACAGGUCGGGCAAUGCCCCGGCUUCUGCACGAUGUGGAGGAAACGCCGUCGGCAACGUUGACUGCGAAGGAGGACCUGCGGCUGAAGAUGAACCAGUGGGCGACGUUUGCUCCGAGUGUCCAACUCUUGCUUCUUGGCAGGGUGGGGAUCUCAGCGUCAACCAUUUUGGUGCAUUGUACUUCGUUUCGGGCAAGCCGAGCAAAAACUGCCAGUUGGCCUGGGAUCUCGCAGAGCAGCUGGACGAAUCGAAGCAAGUCGUGUCGAUGCUGCCCGCAAGUUUUGCGGGGCGGUGUAUGCGCCAGGAUGCAGAUGAGGAGGAGGCGCCUCUUCCAUCAUCUUCAACCACCAAGCUGUCGCAGGACACGUUUUCGACCCCAACCAAGACGGCCUGCUCAAGCGACUCGUUCAGCUUCAUGGAGGAAAUGGAAACGCCCGAGAAGGUUGCAUCCAGUUUGCCUGCCGCCUGUCUGGAUCAGGAGCGCGAAGUCGCGACUGAAACUACGCCAGACACGGUCGACCUGACAAACGAGGCAGAAGAGGUCCAAGCUGCCACCGCCGAUGAUGUUGUGGAGCAGGCACCGCCGAAUCAUCACGAAUCAGGCGAGCCGGAGGCUCCUUCUUUUCCUAGCAGUGGCUACACCGAGCUCGACUCGGAGUUCGGCGAGGCCGUCUUGGCUACCUCCUGUCAGCUGGCAUCAGCGAAGACGCGCUGUGCCGAGUUGGAGUCGGAGUCAAGCGUUCUCGAAGCCGAAGGAAAACAACUGAAGUCUGAGCUGGAGCUGAUGCGAAAGCAGCUAUCUGAUGAGAUGCAGAAGCGCGAGCCACAUGAGCCAUUGCCUGAGUGA